AUGGUGAAGUACGGGCUGCCGCUGGCAGAGGCGCCGGUGCCGGACACGUCGCAGCUGCUGCAGCUGUACUUCCGCGUGUGCGGGGGCGGGCGCGCCGGCAACGCCUCGCUGGCGUCCUCGCUGCCCGCCUCGACGCUGGUGUCGCUAUGCGCCGGCACCAACUCCAGCUGGGCGGCGGCCGUGCUGGGCGGCGGCAUGGUGGACGUACUCGACGUGCUCUACCUCUACUACAUGCCCGCCAUCAUCCUGGUGGGCCUGCUGGGCAACGUGCUCAGCUGCGUGGUCUUCCUCAACACGCACCUCAAGCUCCGCUCCUCGUCCUACUACCUGGCCGCGCUCGCCGUCGCCGACUGCGGCUUCCUCACCACGCUGCUGCUCGUCUGGCUCAACAGCAGCGUCGGCGUACAGGUGUUCAACCGCAACGGCUGGUGCCAGAGCCUGGUCUACAUGAGCUCGGUGUUCUCGUUCCUGAGCGUCUGGCUGAUCGUGGCGUUCACGGUGGAGCGCUUCAUCGCCGUGCAGUACCCGCUGCACCGGCCGCGCGUCUGCACAGUGUCGCGCGCCAAGACCAUCGUGCUGGGGCUGGUCGGCGUCGCGCUGCCCUCGCACAUCUACAGCUUCUGGACGGCAGGACUGGUGCAGCAAGAUGACGGGACCGUCGUGUGUGAAAUGCUGCCGGAGUACCACGAGAUCAUGCGCGCCAUCAACAUCGUGGACAGCCUGGUCACGCUGAUCCUGCCUGUGCUGCUCAUUAUCUUCAUGAACGCGAUGAUAACGCGCAAGCUGGUACACUUCGGCCGGCGCUUCCGCCAGCAGUCGUCCUCUGGGACGGACGCCAGCCGCUCCGUGGAGGGAGUGGCAAUGGAAUAA